AUGACCGGUCACAUUAAUUUACAUCUUGGUGAGGUCUUGGAAGCAGCUCAGAUGGAACAGCGCAUGUUGGCGGAACUCCAUGAUGAGGUACAUCGAUCCUUGAACUUAGAGUCGUUAGGGGUGUCACUACAGCCACGACAAAAUAAAGAGGAUGUCCAAGCGUGGUCACAUCUGGAACGGACAGCAACUCUGGUUGAAGGCAGAUGGCAAGUCGGCUUACCUUGGAUCAAUGAGAACAGUAAAAUGCCUGAAUCCUUCUCCAACGCCAUGGUGAGGUUAAGUGGUGUCGAAAGGAAAAUUAAAUUAAAUAGCGAUUACGGGGAAAGCGAACCUAAGGAGUCUCUCGGUAUAGCGGCCGUACGGUUUAAAAUCGGCCAGCACGAAGACGGUGAGAGGACACUUGGAUUGAUUUGGUAUCCAGAUAACGACACGUUAGGGUUUGAUGUCUCGUUCAAGCGCAUUCCGGAGAACAUUAGCAGUGGUAAAACGCGGCCUACUAAGCGGGAGAUGCUCAGAAUAAUUAUGUCAAUAUUUGACGUAUAUGGAAUUUUAUCUCAAAUCACUAUAAAAGGAAAAAUAAUGUUACAGGAAACUUGCAAGGCUAACAUUGGAUGGGACGAAAUAGUUUCAGACGCUAUAUACAAAAAAUGGUGUGAAUGGAUGAAACAAUUAAAAUGGAUAAAUAAUUUGCGCUUACCGAGAUACUACUAA